UGCGCCAUGGAAGAGGGACCGAAGUCGUGCCCGUUCCCCGUGCUGGUAAAGGGGGACUGGGGGGCCGCGGAUCCCCCCAAGGGCGUGAAAAACAAACUCCUCUGCUACUUCCAGAGCCGGAAGAGGUCUGGCGGAGGCGAGUGCGAGCUGCAGCUGCGUUCCGGCCGGGUCCUGGUUUGCUUUGCCCAGGAAGAAGUGAGGCAGAGAGUUCUAUCCCAAAAGAUCCAUGAGCUUGACUUGGCUGGGAAAGAAAAAUUGGUACUGACGGUCACACCACACGAAAGAGCUGAUGCCCCAGAGCAGAAAGUUCCUGAACAGGUUUCUGAAAAAGAAGAUCGUCCAGGAGAGACAGACCUGCCAGCGUCUUCCCUUGUUGUUCUUGAAAAUGUCGAAGAAUCCAUCACGCAUGACAUGUUGAUGCUACUGGUGGAAAAUAUUUCAGGAGGAAACAACUUCCAAGUUGAAUUAAUAACGGAGAAAAAAGCUGCUGUGAUAACCUUUCAGCAAAAUAAUGAUGCUGCAAGCUUUCUUCACAGAUGUGCACAGAACUCGAGAUUUAAAUCAUUCAACAUUACUGCCAGAUCUCUUGAACUAACAAAUAUGAUCAAAGUUCCUGGAACUUCCCAAGAAUUUUUAGUCCUUUACUUUGAAAACCCAAAGAAUGGUGCAGGACAAGUGUCCAAUAUUGAAAUGUGUCCUGGGGAGGAUUCUGCCAUUGUUACUUUUGAUCACCACCAAGUUGUGCAGAUAGUACUGGAAAAGAAACAUUCUUUUAGAAGUCAGCCAUUGUCGGUUUACCCAUACUAUAGUUCUUUGGACACAGUUUUAUAUGGAAAGGAGAGGCCACAGAUCAAAAUGCCAGAGCCGGUCAGUGUCCCCUUAGAUCCUUAUAUCUGGCAGUUCAUACAGACACAGCCUAAACUACUGGAGGAGAUAAAUAAGGAAAUGGCACAUUGUUACUGUGAACUAACGUGGCCUCAAGUGACUUGCCAGCACCCGGAGGUCAUGAUAUGUCCUUCAGCUGCCUUACCUAAGCAAAAAGGGUCUGUGUUGAAAUCCAUCAAGGGCUGGAAAGACAAGGCUUCUAUGGAGUUUACAUGCAUCAUGUCAAAGUUCAAGACCGCUAAAUGUAAAAUAAUCUCAACAGCAUGGGACACCAUAAAGACUACUUUGAUAAAGGGUGAUGUUUUGGCCAUUCCAGAUGUUCGCAAAGAAACUGUUACUCUGGCAGGUUUCGUAUUCACUGUAGAUGGCGUGGAGAAGAUGAUACAAGAACACGUAGAAAAUGUCACCAAAGACGAGGAAAGAGCAAAACAAACUAUAGAAGAAACUGUGUCAGUCACUCCAGCCAAAUAUGCUGUUUUGCACCGUGUGUUGCUAGAAGAGAAUGUCUAUAAAAACAACCCAGAUUUAAAACUCCUUUAUAAUCCUUCAGCGAAGAUUCUGCGGCUACAUGGAAUAAAUACAGAAGUGUAUAAAAUGAAAAGCAUCGUGCUGGAGAGGUUGCACAAAAUGGAAGAGAAAAAAAUCAACGUUCACUCGAGUGUUUUUCAGUUCCUACAGCAUGCAAAUAGCAAACAGGCGUCCGUGAAAAUAUUUGGUGCCAAUAAAAUUAAUGCUUCCUAUGAGCUUGCUCCUGAUUGUGUUGUGCUGGUAGGAUGUUCUCCUGAAGUUCUCUGGAAUGCAGAGGAACAGAUGAAGAAAGACUUGGAUCAGAAACAGAUUACUUUAGAGAACCAAGAAAUUAUCAAGAAAAGGGAGUGGAAAGAAUUAAUUAGAGAAUUGCAGAGGAAGCACAAUUCUUCUGAAGAAGCUGUCAUAAUUGAUGACUGUCUUGUUUUGGGGCAAGAUGGAAAGGUAACUAUAGCUGGCUACACAAAAAUUGUAACAGAAGUUUAUCAGGAGCUGUUUCAGUUUGUUGAAAGAAACACUCAUGUGAUAAAAGAAAUUUCAGCCAAGUGUGUGGCGGUUGUGAAGUUUGUGGAGAAGGAAAAGAAAGAAUUUUGGUCCAGCUUGAGGAAGAAAGGUGUGAAAAUUGAGUUUGGCCCACAGGCUAAAUAUAAGAGCAUUGUGCUGAGUGGAUCCAAAGCAGAGGUCCUGGCUGCAACUGCUAAGGUUGGACAAUUGCUGUCUUUGGUGUAUUCUCUCUGUGUGGUAAUUGAUAAACCAGGAGCAAAAUCAUUUUUCGGAAACCGAGAAUAUUCCUACAUUAGUGAAGCCAAAGAAAACUUUGGCUGUUUGAUCAGACUGCAGAAAGAAGAAGAAGAUAUUGAGGGCUCUAAGGAGAAGAUAGGUCACCCCCACUCUGAAAUAAAGUUAAAAGAUGGUGUUGUGAUAACCGUUCGUAAGGGUGACUUGACCCAUUAUCCAGUUGAUGUUGUAGUGAAUGCAUCGAAUGAAGAACUAAAGCAUAUUGGGGGCCUUGCUGAAGCUUUGUUAAAAGCAGCGGGCCGUGAACUGCAAAGAGAAUGUGAUGAACAUGUGAGAAACUAUGGACGGUUGAAGCCCGGCUAUGCGGUUAUCACAGGUGCUGGGAAUCUUCCGUGUAAACAGGUAAUUCAUGCUGUUGGACCAAGGUGGAAGAAUGAAGAAAGAGCAAAAUGUACAGUACAGUUAAAGAAAGCUGUGAAGGAAAGUCUGCGUCUGGCAGAAACAUACAAUCAUCGCUCGAUAGCCAUCCCUGCCAUUAGCUCUGGAAUCUUUGGGUUCCCAUUGAAAGAAUGUGCCUGUUCCAUUGUGACAGCCAUCAAAGAGAGCUUGGAAGAAUCUAGUGAGAAUGGAUGUGUGAAAAAGAUCUGCCUUGUGGAUAUGUCAGAUAAAACAAUUCUGGCUUUCGCUGACGCCUUGAAUGAAGUGUUCAGAGAGAGAUCUCCCCAACCCAAAUCACCAGCGCCUCCCCACAAGGAGAAGCCGCCCAGAUCCAUCAGAGAAGACGUUCCUGUGGUGUUUUCUGCUGAAGGCUUGAAACUCAUACUUGUGGAAAAAGGCAUUGAAGAUGCUGUGACGGACGUCAUCGUAGGCAGUGUCGGCGAAGAUCUAAAGCUUGGUGUGGGUCCACUGUCCAAAGCUCUGCUGAGAAAGGCUGGCCGUCAGCUGCAAGAUGAGUUUGAUGACCAGGUGUUCCAACAAGGACAACAGGCCGGCUGCGUGAUCCAAACCAGUGGAUACAAUCUGCCCUGCAAAUCUGUGCUUCAUGUUGUUGUUCCUUCAUGGAAUGCAGGGAAAGGAAAUGGAAUUCAGGUUCUUCGAGAUAUUGUGAAAGAAUGCCUGGAGAAAACAGAAGCACUGUCUUUAAAUUCUAUCUCAUUCCCAGCACUUGGGACUGGAGGGUUUGGCUUUCCUAAGUCUGAAGUCGCAAAAUUAAUGUUUGAGGAGGUGCUUCAGUUCAGUAGCAGGAAGAAUCUGAAGUCUCUUCAGGAAGUUCAUUUUCUUUUGCAUCCAAGUGAUGAAAAAAACAUAAAGGCAUUUUAUGAGGUGUUUGAAUCCAGGAUUGGGAAAAGUCCCACGCUUGGGACCCCAAAUGAUGGAAAAAGUGCAGGUUUCUUUGGACCCAUUUCAACCCCAGUUUUGGGAAUUCAUGAAAUGCAGAUUGGAAUGAUUAAAUUACAGGUUGCCACAGGAGAUAUAACAAAGGAGAAUACAGAUGUUAUUGUAAAUAUAUCAAAUGCAAAUUUUAAUGCCAAAUCAGGUGUCUCCAAGGCCAUUUUGGAAAGUGCUGGACCUCAGGUGGAAGCAGAAUGUGCAUUACUUGCUUCGCAGCCUAACAAUGGAUUUAUAACCACCCAAGGUGGUAAUCUGAUCUGUAAGAACAUUAUCCACCUUAUCCCUGACUCUGACAUCAAAGCUCAGGUCUCCAAAGUGCUCCAGGAGUGUGAGCUGAAGAAGUACACAUCUGUUGCCUUCCCUGCAAUUGGAACAGGCCAGGGUGGUAAGAGUGCAGAGGAUGUAGCUGAUGAAAUGAUUGGUGCAAUUGCUGACUUUGCAGGCAAGAAAUCACCCCAGCACUUAAGUGUCAUUAAAAUAGUCAUUUUCCAGCCACACAUGCAAAAUGCCUUUUAUGCUUGUAUGAAAAAAAAAGAAGGCUCUGCAUUGCCCUCCUCAGAAUCCCUGUUUUCUAGAUUUAAAACAUAUAUCACUGGUAAAAAACCGCCUCUCCCAAAGAAACGUGUCUUGGUUUUGGAAAAGAAAUCUGAAGUUGCAGUGUUUGAAAUUUGUGGUGAACAAAAAAAAAACGUAGAUGACACUGAGGCCUGGUUAAAACAACUGAUUCUGCAGGAGCAGGCAGAAAAGCGUAUCCCUGAUGAGUUAAUUGAAAUGUUUGAAGAUGCAGAAAUUAAGCAAUUGAAUGACCUGCAGAGAAGAUUACACAUUGCCAUUCACCUGGAUAGAAAGCAGUCUCCUCCUUCAAUUACAGUGUCUGGCAUUCCCCGGGAUGUCUUGGAGGCCUUCACAGAAAUUCAGACACUGAUCCAAAGAAUGAAAGAUAAUCGGGAGGAGCAAUCCAUGGGAAAACUUGUUCAAAAUCUGGUUGAAUGGCAGUAUUCACCAAAUGGGGAUCUAUUCCAACCUGUUGAUUUGCUAGACAAUCUCCAUUUAGAAAAUGCUAAAGGUGAUAAUACUGGGCUGGUGAAGAUCAGUAUUCAAGGAAAGAGCUACAUGGCAGAUGUACAGAACAGGACUGCUACAGACAACCAGGGAAAAAGAAUAAGCAUUAGGCGCAUUGCAAAGGAGGAAGGUAAACUGUUAGUAGGACUUCCCCCAAAUUGGGAGGAUAUGAAGGGAGCCCUUCUGAAAAGUGUUUCAUUGCAACCUCAAACGACAGAAUAUCAAGAUGUUGAAAGAAGAUUCCGGGCCACCUGUCCUACGCAGAAAAUAGAAAAGAUUGAAAGGAUUCAAAAUCCUUAUCUCUGGCAAUCCUACAAAGUCAAAAAGGAAUUAAUGGAAAAUCAGAACGGCCACACAAACAAUGAAAAGCUUCUGUUUCAUGGGUCUCCCAGUUCGACAGUCAUCCCAAUUAACCAGACUGGAUUUAAUCGCAGCUAUGCUGGAAAGAAUGCUGCAAUGAUUGGAAAGGGCACCUAUUUUGCCGUGAACGCCAACUAUUCUGCAAACGAUACAUAUUCAACACCAGAUGCCAACGGUAGAAAAUUUAUGUAUCUUGCUCGGGUCCUCACUGGAGAGUUUUGCCGUGGACAAAGCAGCUACAUUACUCCACCACCCAAAACUGGGGGGGUUGACCUGUAUGACAGUGUAACUGACAAUAUGCAGAAUCCAUCCAUGUUCGUCAUAUUUCAUGAUGCUCAGGCUUAUCCAGAAUAUCUUAUUACUUUCAGAAAAUAAGCUGCCUUUCACUGAAAGUGCUUCCUUAUGCUUUCCUAAAAAUCUUUUAAAGUUGGAAUUUGAAUGCAGAUAUCUUCAUAAGAAUGAUUUUUAACAGAAAAGCCCAAAUGAUUUUGACUGUGAUCCUACAGAAAUCUAACAAAAAUUUGUGCCAGGGUAUGCAAUUUCGUGAGCCACAGUUCACUUCUUGUGGCUUACAAAAGCUCAUAGCCUGCUGCAAAUUUUGUUAGUCUUUAAGGCACUCUUGCUCUUUUCUACUGGAGUGGGUGAACUGUUUCCUAGAGUAGAAAUAAAUAUUACUGCCUGCACAGCCACAGAUGCCUGUUGAGAAGUGGGUGUUUUAGAAAACAACAGAGCUUUUAAAGAGGGGAAUUGAUAGGAGCAAGGGAGCAAGAGUGUGCAUUUGUGCUCCGGUCUUUAAAAACCCACGAGGUGCAGCCCUGCUCCACCCACUGAGGAUUUUGAAAGCUCUGUGAAUGCUGGAGGGGGCUGCAGCAAAACCUACAAAGGAAGCAUGGGCUGGCUUUUUUGUUUCCAUUGAUUUCUGCUCUUGCAUGCUAAUUUUUCUUGCUCCCGUCCCUUGCAACUGCUUCUGGACAUUAGUUUGUAAAGGAGGUUGGUUGGAGAAAAGUGGCUACAAGUUCCUUCUGCCAUCUGCGUGAAUUGAAAGAAAUUCCAAGUCUUGGAAUAAUGAGGUUCUUCAAAUGGUCUCAGAGCUAUCAGUGAAAAGAAUAAACCCACAAAGAUUUGAGAAUGAGAGGAAAUCCCCACCCUCCACUGGACCCUACUCUCUUCCCUCUUGCUUUGGGGCACUGGCUACCCAAAAGGGCGGCUGAGACCUUGUGAGGUUUUUGUUUGGGAUCUUGGUGCUUUAAAAACAUUUUUAUUUAAUCACAUUUCCUUUUUUAUUUUACUUUGCACAUUUUUUUUAGAUCUGGGGAGUAUCCAAAGUUUGCAGAAAUUUGAACUUUAGACUUGGGUACCUCCCCUCCUCACAGUUAUUUAUAUUUUUGAUCCUUUAACGGGUGGGGGUAAUCACUAGUGGCUACUUAAAGUCUUAAAUCCAGAUAGAUUACUGCCAUCCAUAAGUAUACAGUGACGCAUCCAAUUUAUUUUCUUACCAAUUCAUCAUAAUGCCAUUUAACGAA